UCUCUGCUGUUUCUACUCAUUUGAGUUUCUUCUUAUUUCUUUCUUUGCACACCUUUCCAAAAAUGUCAUCUGAAUGCUACUCUCUGCUUAUUCCUCAAACUGGGUACUCCUCGGUUCUCAGUUUCCAGCUCUUUAUCUGUGUUUUUCUCUUUGUUGCUGUGUUUGCUUUCUGGCUCGCACCUGGUGGCCUAGCUUGGGCUCUGUCCAAGGCUGGAAUCAGAGGCCAGCCUAGAACCUCCAUUCCUGGACCCUCUGGUCUUCCUCUUCUAGGUCUUCUCUUAGCCUUCACUGGCUCUCUGACUCACAGAGUCCUAGCCAAACUCUCUCAGAACUUCAAGGCCUUACGGUUAAUGGCGUUCUCUAUUGGGUUCACUCGUUUCAUCAUUUCAAGCCACCCGGAGACGGCCAAAGACAUUCUCAACAGCUCGGCUUUCGCUGAUAGGCCUGUGAAGGAGUCGGCCUACGAGCUUCUCUUCCACAGAGCUAUGGGUUUUGCUCCGUUUGGAGAGUACUGGAGGAACCUGAGGAGAAUAUCGGCGACCCAUUUGUUCAGUCCCAAGAGAAUCGCUUGUUUUGGGGAGUUUCGGGGAGAGAUUGGGCUCAAAAUGGUUGGUGAAAUCAUGGAGUUGAUGGAGAGAAAUGGGGACGUUGAGGUCAAGAAGGUGUUGCAUUUUGGGUCUCUGAACAAUGUGAUGAUGAGUGUGUUUGGAAGGUCUUAUGAGUUUGGUGAGAAUGGCGGUGGUGGUGGGUUUGAGCUUGAGGGUUUGGUGAGUGAAGGGUAUGAACUGCUUGGUGUUUUCAACUGGAGUGACCAUUUUCCUCUUCUGGGUUGGUUUGAUUUGCAGGGAGUGAGAAAGAGAUGCAGAGAUUUGGUUGCUAAGGUGAGUGUUUUUGUUGGGAAGAUCAUACAAGAGCAUAGGAUGAAGAGGGUUGAAAAUGGAUGUGGCCUUGAUGAGAGUUCUGGCGAUUUCGUUGAUGUCUUGCUUGAUCUGGAGAAAGAGAACAGGCUCACUGAUUCUGAUAUGAUUGCUGUACUAUGGGAAAUGAUCUUCAGGGGAACUGAUACAGUGGCAAUACUCCUAGAGUGGAUACUUGCAAGAAUGGUUUCACACCCUGAAAUCCAAGCCAAGGCCCAAUCUGAAAUCGACACUGUUGUCGGAGCCUCCCGGAAAGUGUCCGAUUCCGACCUCCCUCACCUUCCCUAUCUCAAUGCCAUAGUGAAAGAAACCCUGAGAAUGCACCCGCCAGGCCCAUUACUGUCCUGGGCUCGGCUAGCCAUCCACGACACCCAUGUCGGUGAGCACUUCAUUCCGGCCGGCACCACUGCAAUGGUGAACAUGUGGGCCAUUUCUCACGACGAGCGGGUGUGGUCGGAGCCAAACGAGUUCAAACCGGAGAGGUUCAUGGAGGAGGAGGUCCCCAUUAUGGGGUCUGACCUGAGGUUGGCUCCUUUCGGGUCUGGGAGGAGGGUCUGUCCCGGUAAAGCCAUGGGGCUAGCAACUGUCCAGCUUUGGUUAGCCCAGUUGCUUCAGAACUUGAAAUGGGUUGCUUCUGAUAAUGGUGUGGACUUGUCUGAGUGCCUCAAACUCUCCAUGGAAAUGAAGCAUCCCUUGGUCUGCAAAGCUGUUGCUAGGGGUUCUUGAAAGUGCUUGGUAGGUGUUUGGUGUAUUGGCGGAAUGGUGGUGUUGCAAUUUGAUCUCCAUGAUUUUGGUACCUUCACAUGGGAGAUCUCACCUGCUUUAUUUAGUAGUAGCGUUGUUUAAUUACUAGUAGGUUGUUUUAGGUAUUAGUCAGUGAAGUAUUAAUAUUUUGGUAAGAAAGUAAAAACUUUGGUGAUGUUGUAGUUGGUUAGACCGUGUUUGGUGUAAGGGUUGACAACUUGUUCUUUCCUGCAGUCUCGGAAGUUUAAUGCACUAUAAUUAGCUUUUGUUGGACAUUCCUAGCAUAUAAUAUA